UCGCACUUUUUUUUCUCUAAAACUUUUCUUUCUUUUCUUUUUCUUUCUUCUUCCUUUCUUCACUUCUUUAUUUUCUUCUUUUUCUUCUUUUUUAUAUUUUUUUUUUAUUCACCAUAUUUAGUCAUAUCAUCAUGGCUCGUCAUAGGGAUGUUUACAAUCCAAUGUUAUUUGAAUGUGCUUGGGAAGUAGCUAAUAAAGUGGGUGGUAUAUAUACUGUUAUCAAAACUAAAGUACCAGUGACAGUACAAGAAUUUGGGGAUCGUUAUUGUUUAAUGGGACCUUUAUCGCAUGCCAAGGCACCUAUGGAAGUCGAAUCUUUAGUAGAACCACCUAAUGAAGCGAUGCGUCAAGUUUUGGAAGAUAUGGGCAAACAUGGUAUCAAGUAUUUAUUUGGUCGUUGGUUAAUUGAAGGUGCUCCCUAUGUACUUUUAUUUGAUUUGGGGUCAAUAGCUCAUAAAAUGGAUGAAUGGAAAGGUGAUCUUUGGAACGUGGCUGGUAUUCCAAGUCCUCCCAAUGAUACUGAAACAAAUGACGCUAUCCUUUUGGGUUACUUGAUUACUUGGUUCUUAGGUGCUUUUGCUUCCAAGUACAACAAAUCAAACGAUCCUGCUAUUGUUGCACAUUUCCAUGAAUGGCAAGCUGGUGUGGCAAUUCCUUUAAUCAAAAAAAGACGUUUGGACGUUACGACUAUCUUUACAACACAUGCUACUUUGUUGGGUCGUUAUCUCUGUGCUGGUUCUGUGGAUUUUUACAAUAAUUUACAACAUUUUGAUGUCGAUGCUGAAGCUGGGAAACGUGGUAUCUAUCAUCGUUACUGUAUUGAACGUAGUGCUGCUCAUUGUGCAGAUGUGUUUACUACUGUUAGUCAUAUUACUGCAUAUGAAAGUGAACAUUUAUUGAAACGAAAACCAGAUGGCGUUUUACCUAAUGGUCUCAAUGUAGUCAAGUUCUCAGCCAUGCAUGAAUUUCAAAAUUUACAUGCUGUCAGCAAGGACAAAAUAAAUGACUUUGUACGAGGUCAUUUUUAUGGUCAUUACGACUUUGAUUUGGAUGAUACUAUAUAUCUAUUUACAGCUGGACGUUAUGAAUAUCGAAACAAAGGUGUUGAUAUGUUUGUAGAAUCUCUAGGACGUUUGAAUGAUCGUCUCAAGGCAGCUAAAUCGAAAACGACAGUGGUAGCGUUUAUCAUCAUGCCAACAGAAACUCAUUCUUUUAAUGUAGAAGCUCUCAAAGGUCAAGCUGUCACAAAGCAAUUACGUGCCACAGUGAAUGAAAUUCAAGAUCGGAUUGGAAAACGUAUUUAUGAAACUGCAUUAAGAGAAAAUGACUUGGAUCCUAUGAAGUAUUUAUCUGAUGAAGACAAGGUAUUACUCAAACGACGUGUAUUUGCUCUCAAACGUAGUACUCUUCCUCCUAUUGUGACUCAUAAUGUGGUAAAUGAUGCUGAAGAUCCAGUGUUGAAUCAAUUACGACGUUUGAAACUAUUCAACAAUUCUGAUGAUCGUGUCAAGGUUAUCUUCCAUCCUGAAUUUUUGAAUGCCAACAACCCUCUACUUGGAUUGGAUUAUGAAGAAUUUGUACGUGGCUGUCACCUUGGUGUAUUUCCAUCUUAUUAUGAACCUUGGGGAUAUACUCCUGCUGAAUGUACUGUUAUGGGUGUUCCUUCAAUUACGACCAAUUUAUCCGGAUUUGGGUGUUUUAUGGACGAGAACAUUGAAAAUUGUGAGGAUUAUGGUAUCUACAUCAUGGAUCGACGUAUGAAAUCAGUGGAGGAAUCUUUACAACAACUCAGUGAUCAAAUGUUCCGGUUUGCUCAGAAAACACGACGUCAACGGAUCAAUCAACGAAAUCGAACGGAACGACUAUCAGAUUUACUGGACUGGAAGAGAAUGGGACUGGAAUAUAUGAAAGCACGGCAAUUAGCACUGCGUAGGGCAUAUCCUGAUUCGUUUGAUGAAGAUGAUGAAGAUGAAUUUGAUAUUCUCCCUGUCAAGAUCCCUAAGCCUUUAUCUGCACCUGGUAGUCCUCGUAUUGCUGGUCAACAAUCCUAUUUUGAUGACGAUGAAGAAGACAAUGUAGCUCCAUUUAUUGCAUCCAAUAAGAACAAGAAGAAAAUCCCUGCCUUACGACGUACUUCAAAUGAUAAUGAUCCCAACAGCCAAUCUGCCUUUCAAGCUCAAUUAUUAAGUGAAGGUGACCUACAAACGUUGAACAAGUUGACUUUGGAAUCUAUCAAUGAAAAUAAGGAACAUCAUCAACAACAACAGCAACCCAAACCUUCUCAUCAACAUUAGUAGUAUUGGAUCAAAAACUCAUUCCCUUAUCUUUAGUGUUACAUACCUAUUUUUGUUUUAUUAUUAUUAUCAUCAUAUUUCUCGUUUCUUUUCCCGCC